GGCAGCCGGCGAAUGCGUUUCGCCAUCCAUUUUUUACCGCUGAAAAACUCCGCGAGUUGAGUUCCAUCGUUCAGAUAACGAUUUGUGAUUUCGUCUCCAAAGCGUGCGUUGUCUUAUCGAGAAGGCAAUUGGCUGUCUCAGCGAUCACAGGUUGCACAACCCAUUAACCGGAAUACCCCGCCGAAGGAAUAAGAGACCCUCAUCAAGAUGGCGAGCAUGGGCACUGGCUUCUCCAAGUGCUUUAUACUCUUCAUGGCGAUUGUCAUACUCGCUCAGGGAGUCAUCUAUUUGGGCUUGUCUAUCUGGGGCAUCACCUUCAGGGAAUGCCCGGAUGGGGUUACUGACUUCAGCAUAAAUCCCUUCAAGUAUGCUAUGGAACUUAUCUAUUUUGCAGAGGAGGAAUGUGGUGAUCCGGUGCUGAAGGUAAAUGACAACCAAAUUGAUUUGACCAUGGAUUGGACCAUCUCCUACGCCAUAACCAACAGGGAGUUUAUCUUCAUGAUAACCUAUGCGGUGAUCAGUGGGCUUUGGGUUGCCACUUCGACGUUGGUCAUUACCACAUUGUGCAAUCGCACAACGAAGCUGAUCUCCGGAGUAGUCUACUGGCCCUGGUUUUUGUCAGUACUCGCCGGAAGUAUCCUCGAUGUGGUGGCCUCAGUGUAUCACGGAUUAGACAUAAGUCAUACAACGUCCAUUGAAGCUGCGUUUACUUACAUUGGAGUAAAGAACACUGAUUUUACCAGUAACAUUUGGAGUGUGCUGGAGCAGUUUGGAGUCUACUUCUCGACGCCUUCGAUUGUUCUACUGUGCCUCACCAGUCGCGUGGCCAUCAUCUGGCUGCUGAACAUCAUUGGAGUCAGUUUCUGUCUUUCGUUGUCCGGAAUCAUGGCGAAACAGAAUGCUGCAGCUGCCGCGUUGAGCAGGAGCCAGGCACCGACCCGUCAGCCAACUCCUCAGCCUGUGGUUGCGCCAGUCCAACCGGUGGUGCAGGCCACUCUGGUGGAGGCUCCCCAACCUUCGGCUCCUCUUGAGAGCCCCCAGUAUCCGGACCAGAUCCGACCCAAACCGCUGCCUAUUUUCAUUCCUGCAGAGCAGAAUCUCCAGCGUCAGGACUCCCGGCAGUUUGCACCCGGAGAUCGUACGACUCUGCAGUCGCCGGUAAUGGUGCUUCCGCCCCAAGUGCCACAACAAAGGGAUGUUGUCUCCCCGCAGCCAGACAUCAACACUUAUCGCACCACCGAGGCCCAUCCUGAUCAUCUUAACUAUCCGCCCUCGGAGCCACCCACUCCACGGUCUCCCUCGCCGGCUGUUCAACAACUUGCAGUAAAUUCGCCACUAAACAAUCGCUACAGCGAUAUGUAUCCACCACCAGCUAAUCCACGUGUCAGCGAGGAACUGCGCAACCAGAUGCCCUGGUCUUACACCAGCAUGGUGACCAAGCCCCCACCACCGCCACGCAAGCCGCAACUCCAAGUUCAGAUCUACCCGCAGAUUCCGGAACCCGACUAUGCGGAACACUAGUAAAUAUGGUUGUAGAAGCAGCUCGGAGCUGAUUAGGGUUUAAUCAGUCUGGAAGCGCGGUUGUGAAAAGUUGUGUGUUAUUGUUAACUUUAUUCCAUAAAGCUAAAGCUGAUGGCCAA